ACGUGACCUCGCGCGCCUAUACUGUUUCGUAGUUCGCGGUAUAAUUUUCGAGAGGAACGAACAUUUACGUACGAAAGCGUAAUUCACGCAAACAUUUACGUAUGCACGAGAGUAAGUCACGCCGAAGAUACCAAGAGAUCGCUGUCGACAAUUUAGCGUGAAGAGAUGAGCGCGUCGUUGCGAGGUUAAGUGGAGAAAGAACGAGAAAAGUAUCUGCACCCACAUGGCAUAACGAGAUCGUACAUGUUGCAUUCUACGGAUACUGAUCGAUGAUUGUGAUUUAUAUCAUCGUUGCUGUGAUAGGAUCAUUUAUUUGCACGUUGAUUAAAGUCAAGAUUGACGAGUGGCUUGAUGCUCCAAGCAUGAAGAGAUCCAGGUUAUCAUUAAACAGGGUUCGCCACAAUGCUGCACAUACUACAACUGUGGAUGAAACUGUGGAUAUAUCGGAUGACGACAGCUUCGAUUCAUUGCCAAAUCCACGAGUGAACGUACAACAAGAAAAGCAUUCAAGCAUAACAAGCAGAACGACUGAUGUUUCCAGUGACACAAUACGCGUUCCUAACUUGGAAGCUUGUACGGCAAGUACCUCGCAGCAGCAGCAAAUGCCUGAUUUGUCAGAUGAUACGAGCAAUGAUGAAGACGUUGUAACUAAUGAGCUUCCUAAUAAAAAGAUCUCUAAUAGAAGCCAGUCAAUGUUUAGUUGGAACAAAACGAGCUUCACUAAUAAAUGGUUCCAAAACAGUCUUUUCCUCGAAGACAACACUCCGCAUAGCUCAAGAUUUAAUGAGCAGCCUGAAGAGGCACGUAUCAAAAAACAAAAGCUAAUGGAUGAUUCAAGCUUAAGUGACAUAAACUUAGAAGACUUUGAGGAGGAAGCUUCGCCACCUCAGGUCACGAUACAGUAUGAAAAAAUGAUUGGUGGAAUUAAAGUCAAGUUUCCCGUUGACCCAUACAUAUCCCAGAUUGGAAUUGUGAACAGUAUCAUUCUAGGAUGUAAGAAGAAGCAAAACUGUCUCUUGGAGAGUCCGACUGGAAGCGGUAAGACCCUGGCGCUCCUCUGUGGUGCCCUGGCGUGGCAGGAUUAUUACAGCGGAGAGAUUCUCAAGGAAAACAAUGGAAAAGAUAUAGAGAGCCCAAGCUGUGCCGAUGACGAUUCUUUGGGAGAGAAUUUCUUCUUAAACUUAUCACAGUACUGCAACGAGGAAAGUUUUGAAAGUUUUUCCGACGAAGUUUUGAAGAACCACAGACCACGGAGAAUGCCAAAGAUUUUUUACGGUACGCGAACACACAAGCAAAUCGAGCAAGUAGUCAGAGAACUGAAGAAGACCGCGUACAGAGAUAAGAGUAUGACUAUAUUGAGCAGUCGGGAACACUCGUGUAUUCAAAACACUAACCGGAACAAGACCGAAUUGUGUAACGAACUGCUCGAUCCGAAAAAGUUUAAAGGAUGUCCGUAUUACAACGAGAAAAAUAAAAAAGCUAUAUCGUCAUUCUACGCGCUGGAAAAUUACGGACUGGAGACACCGUGGGACAUAGAGGAUUUGGUCUCGUUGGGCAGAAACAUCGCGGCCUGUCCAUACUUCGCCGCGAGAUCUUUAAUGGCCGAGGCGGAAAUCAUUUUCUGUCCGUACAAUUAUAUCUUAGACCCGAAUAUCCGCGAGAGCAUGAAGAUCAAUUUGAAAGACAACGUUGUAAUCCUCGAUGAGGCUCAUAAUGUCGAGGAUAUUUGUCGAGAUGUUGCGAGUGUUAAUUUACGUGACGACGAACUCAAUAAUGCCGCCAAAGAAUGCCAGAAUCUUUCGUUCGAUCGCGUCCCUGCUCGCGAUGCGUAUACCACUAUACACAAUUAUCUCGCUGAUGUUGAAAAAUUUCUCAAUAAUAUUGACGUCAAGGACGAUGGCAACUUGGGGCAGAUGGCCAGUGAUUAUUUUCCUGGCAGUUACUUUCUGCAGAUGCUCAACGUGAACAAAGUCGGGUCUUCCAGGUUCCCUGGUUUUCUAGCCGCCAGCAAAGCGGCUAUUUUGAAUUUCGAGAAAAUGAAGGAAGAGUCUCGUCCAGAGAAAAUGCUGCCUACCAUAUCGCGCGAGACUAAAACGAUCCUUGAGCAUCUUUGCUUCAUUAUGCAGAUACUCACGUCGGAAGCUUCCGUUGAUGAUUACAGAGCACACAUCAUAGAAACUGUGGAACCUAGAAAGAAGUCUGUGUCUGAAAAUAGGCGGAUCACGACGAAGAAUUGCAAGGUGCGAACCAUGAAAUUGAUAUGCAUGAACCCUGCGAUUGUUUUCGCGCCUUUAGCCUGCACCGUUCGCUCUGUGAUACUCGCUUCGGGUACCUUAACGCCGAUGUCGUCGUUUGAAAGCGAACUCGGCACGAAAUUUCCGUACAGGCCCAAUCUUAAGCAUGUCGUAACGAAGGAGCAAAUGUAUGUGAGAUGUAUACCACGUGGACCGAAUAAAAAACCACUAUUGGCUAAGUUCACGACGGUGAAUUCUUUCGAUUUUCAAGACGAGCUCGGUGAGCUGGUUCAUCAAGUGUGCAAAGCGGUGCCGUACGGCGUGCUAUGUUUCUUCUCAUCGUACAGCGUGAUGAACAAAAUUCUCACAAGGUGGAAAAAUAUCAAAAUAUUGGAAGAAAUCUCAGCGUUGAAGCAGGUCUUCGUGGAGCCGCAAAUGAACUGCGAUCUGCCUGAGAUCAUGGAAGAAUAUCGCGAAGUAAUCAAGAAAUCGUCGUCGUCGAUAUCAUUUACACAACCGUCCGGAGCUAUCCUCUUCGCAGUUUUCAGGGGAAAGGUAGCGGAAGGUAUUGAUUUUAAGGACAACGAAGCGCGAUGCGUAUUAGCGAUCGGCAUACCAUAUACAAAUAGUAAAAGUGCGAGUGUGUCCAUGAAGAUGGAGUACAACGACCGUAAUCAAUCUAAAGGAUUGCUGAGAGGGUCGGAAUGGUAUACUGUGAACGCGUUUAGAGCGUUAAACCAGGCAUUAGGUCGUUGCAUCAGGCAUAAAGAUGAUUGGGGUGCAGUGUUGCUAGUCGAUGAAAGAUUCCGGCAGAAAUACAAUACUAAUUAUUUACCGAACUGGAUCAAAUCGAUGUGGUUGGGAAACGAUAAUUACGACCUACGCGUAGAACUUGAGGAUUUUGUAGCGUUACAAGUUGCACGCGAAAGAGGAAAGGAACACAAAGACCAUAAAGAAGCAUGUAAUAGCAUGUAAAGUAUAGGAUUAAAAGUUUUUAAGAGUUACAACAGGCAAGAUUUCUGAUGCUCAGAGUCAGAAACGGUUUUAAUUGUUUUAUUAAAACUAAUGACU